CUUGUCAAGAUGUCACAGGGUGUGUGUGACGCAUGGCAAAAGUGGCUCCAGGUGCAGAAGUCUCAUUCACCCAUGGGAAGUGACUGAAGGAAGAAGUUCAAGGGCGAGAGUGAGUGCCAGCAGAAGGCUGGGAGAUGGAGCGCAGUCUGUAGUUUGUUCCAGCUGCCAGGCUCCACUGAGGGGAACAGGGACCUGUCUGAAGAGAAGAUGCCCCUGCUGACACUCUACCCGCUCCUCUUCUGGCUGUCAGGCUACUCCAUUGCCACUCAAAUCACCGGUCCAACAACAGUGAAUGGCCUGGAGCGGGGCUCCUUGACCGUGCAGUGUGUUUACAGCUCAGGCUGGGAGACUUACUUGAAGUGGUGGUGUCGAGGAGCUAUUUGGCAUGACUGCAAGAUCCUUGUUAAAACCACUAGAUCAGAGCAGGAGGUGAAGAGGGACCGGGUGUCCAUCAAGGACAAUCGGAAAAACCACACAUUCACUGUGACCAUGGAGGAUCUCAUGAAAACUGAUGCUGACAUUUACUGGUGUGGAAUUGAGAAAACUGGAACUGACCUUGGGGUCCCAGUUCAAGUGACCAUUGACCCAGCAUCGACUGCUGCCCCCACCACGCCUACCUCCACUACGUUUAUAGCACCAGUUACCCAGGAAGAAACUAGCAGCUCCCCAACUCUGACCGGCCACCACUUGGACAACAGGCACAACCUCCUGAAGCUCAGUGUCCUCCUGCCCCUCAUCUUCACCAUAUUGCUGCUGCUUUUGGUGGCCGCCUCGCUCUUGGCUUGGAGGAUGAUGAAGCGCCAGCAGAAAGUGGCCGGAAUGUCCCCAGAGCAGGUACCGCAGCUGCUGGAGGGUGACCUCUGCUAUGCAGACCUGACCCUGCAGCUGGCCGGAACCUCCCCCCAAAAGGCUACCACAAAGCUCUCCUCCUCUGCCCAGGCUGACCAGGUGGAAGUGGAAUAUGUCACCAUGGCUCCCUUGCCGAAGGAGGACAUUUCCUAUGCAUCUCUGACCUUGGGUGCUGAGGAUCAGGAGCCAACCUACUGCAACAUGGGCCACCUCAGUAGCCACAUCCCCGGCGGGGGCCCUGAGGAGCCCACGGAAUACAGCACCAUCAGCAGGCCUUAGCCUGCACUCCAGGCUCCUUCUUGGACCCCAGGCUGUGAGCACACUCCUGCCUCUUCGACCGUCUGUCCUCUGUUCCCCUCAUCGGGACCAACCCGGGGACUGGUGCCUCUGCCUGAUCAGCCAGCAUUGCCCCCAGCUCUGGCUUGGGCUUGGGGCCAAGUCUCAGGGGGCUUCUAGGAGUUGGGGUUUUCUAAACAUCCCUUCCUCUCCUACAUAGUUGAGGAGGGGGCUGGGGAUAUGCUCUGGGGCUUUCAUGGGAAUGAUGAAGAUGAUAAUGAUAAAAAUGUUGUGAUUAUUAUCAUGAAGUAUCAUCAUCAUAAUACAAUGAAACUUUAUUUAUUGCCUACCACGUUAUGGGCUGAAUAAUGGCCCCCAAAGAUAUCUGUGUCCUAAUCCUCCGAAACUGUGACUGUUACCUUCUGCGGCAGAAAGGGACUGUGCAGACGUAUGUAAGUUAAGGACUUUGAGAUAGGGAGGUUAUUCUUGCUGAUUCAGGUGGGCCCAAAAUAUCACCACAAGGGUCCUCAUAAGAAGGAGGCCAGAAGGUCAAAGAGGAAGAGACAACGUGAUGAUGGAAGUGGACAUGGGUGUGAUGUGAGCAGGGGCCAUGACUGCCGCAACCUUCAGAUGCCAGAAAGGGAAAGGAACGGAUUCCCCCGCCUGGAGCCUCCAAAAGAAACCAGCCCUGCCCACGCCUUGACUUGAGCCCACUGAAACUGAUCUUGAGCUCAUGGCCUCCAGAAUUGCAGAAUAAAUUUGUGUUGUUUUUAAU